CAUCAACACUUAUGCCUUCUCCGUUUGGUGGAAAUAAAAUAUUUUCAGAGAAGAAUUCAUCAUUGGAUAUGCAAUUAAAGAACAAAUCCAAGCAAAGAGCAGAUCCACUGAUAUGUAGCACGUAUGAAACGCAUUGCAAAAGGCAACAAGACACCGACAUUGCGUAUAUCAUUACGCUCUGUGUCUGGGGAGUUCAUUUCAUGUACAUGUACAUGUAUCUCCUUUAUGAAAAUUUCCAAAUUCCAAAAAAGAAAGUCCUUUGCCACACAUAUAUUCUUUCAAAAGGGCAUUUUAGCCCCCCAAAACGUUCUGCCGCCUAUGAGAAUGACAUUGUUGCUGCUGGAUUAAGCAAUGGAAGUAGUACAGGUUGUGUGCUGAGAUUGCUCAGUGGUAUCAACAGCAUAAAAACCUGUAAAGACUUUCCCGGAAGAUAUUCUUUAAAAGAACACGUUCAUCUGCCACUGCUAACGAUAACACAAGAGCUUGAACAUUACCAUUUCCAAUACUUUAAAAUCAACGUCUACAAUGAAAAUAUGGACUGCCAAACAUGCGACUGUAUUGGAGGAGUGAAUGCAAUGCCUGCUUUGAAGAACGAUUGGGAUAAACCAAAAAUCCAGAAAGCAAAAGAGGACACAACCAAAAACAAAAGGGACAACAAAAUCAGAAGAUACAGUCUUUCUUUCAUUGUUGCUUUUAUGGCGCUAAUAAUUUUACGGUGUUUCUUCCCUGGAGAGAAAGCCAUGAAAGCUGAUGGAUUAACAAACAUAGAGACAAGUGGUUCUUCUACAUACUUCAAUCAGACAGUAUGCUCUAUUCCCGAAAAUGGACAUCUCCAGAGAUGCAGAAUUGAAUCAUACACCUCGGGCAAAGGAGUAUGCAAUAUUGUCGGCAUGGAUGUUGAGGAAACUCUGAGUCAAUACAAAAAUGUUCUAGAACUCAGCAAUUAUGACUUUGACGGGAACUUUACUGAACAGAAUAUAAACAAAGAUAGAUGCACUCCUGAAGAAGUGGUUUGCAGCAAAGAUGAAGUGGAAAGUAAACAUUUGAUGCCUCCUCAAACAAACGUUAUAGUACCUGACAGCAAAGAACUUAGAAGAAAUUCUUCUCUACACGAUAUAGGAAAAGACAGAUACAUUUUUGAGGAAGGGGCUUGCGGCAAAGAUGGAAUGGAAAGUAGACAUUUGAUACCUCUCUUCACAAACCUUAUGGAACUUGGUAACAUAAAGCUUAAUGAGAAUUCACCAUUUCAAAAUACUGGGAAGGACUUUUGUAAGAUGUACAUUCUUUUUUUAGGAAACCUGAAUGGUUGCUAUAACAAUAGAAUACGAAGAGUGUCGUUCGUUCCAUUAUGCAAAGGAUGUAUGAAUGGGGUAUUUCCUACAGUUUCAAGAAAGAUAAGUAUCUCCAGAAUUGACUUUGGAUGCUAUACGUGUCAAUGGUUUGCAAAACAACUGCUUGAUAUGGUUCAAAUUUUAAUCCCCUUCUUCUUUAUGUCAAGAGGAUUUUUCUUGAAAGGCUCCAAGCAAAGAAAGAAAAUUGGAUUUUGUCGUACCAUUCUUAUAUUUGAGUUGUGUCUAUUAGGAACAGUACGCUCUGAAAGAACAAAUUGUUCGGCUUCAAUUUCUACAAUGACAGUUGUGAACAAAUGUCCCCGAACUGAAAUUGAAUGGAAGGAAAGAGAAGAAGCAAAACGGUGUCAAACAGUCACCCAGGAAUGUACUAGCGAAACGAAAUUUAAAUAUCACUGCCUUCUAAACGAAUGGGGAAAUGCAACAGUCGAAGUUUGUGCAGAAGUUUGGUUUAUUAAUUGUCAUUGUGCGGAAUAUAAUACUGGAGCAGGGAUAGUGCAAGAGAGUGUUGAUAGACCCUUUCAAAUACAAAAAGGAUGCAGAUACAAAUCUAAUAUCCAUGAGUAUGAACAGUGCAGAGUGGUAAACAAAACAGCUUUACCGCCUUAUAUUCAAGGACAUAAUCAGACAAAAGGGAACUUUUUCGUUGAAACAAAUAUGCAGGAAAACAGAAAGGCAAAGACUAUUAAGAUAGAGGAAGAAGGUUCUGUUUACAAUGAAGAUGUUGCGAUAAUUUUAAUAACACUUACAUUUGUUCUGGUUGUCUGCAUUUCACUCUCUAUAUUUUUUUACAAACGACGACAGGAUCACAGACGAGACAAUCAAGGGCAAGUGAAUACAGAGGUGGAACACAAUAUGCUUUAAACAACCGAGAUGAGUGCAAAAAAUAGCAGUUAUAUUUAGUCUUAAUUGUAUUACUUCAUAAAUAUGGAUAAUAUCAAAUUAUAUAUAUCGGCAUGCAUUGUAUUUUAACAUGUGCCUUUAACAAAUUCCUCAUUUUUGCCUCUUUGCUUGUUAAACCUCCAAAUUGAGAAGCCACUAAUUUUCGGCGGAAACUUGCAAAUUUAGGCCUGUUUUAUAAACUUACAGUUUUUGAACAGUGAUUGAUAUUUUCUGUGCUGUCACCUAAUGCGACAUGGGAUCCUAGUUUAUAGGCCUGACCAAAAAGAAGGGUUUUCGAAUAAAACUGCGAUUUUGUAAGGAUUAUCCACAUACUUCGCGACUGUAAAGCAGAGACUUUUUACUCAACACCACACAGACGAUCCAAUGUUUCAUGUUCACUGAUCUGAGAAUGACAAGCAAUAUUCAUCUUUUUAUAAUAUUUGCUCUUAGAUAAAUGUACAUCGCACAGGGCUUUAAAAGACAACAGCUAUGAAAGAUAUUUAAUCCAAUUUAUGAAGUCUCUCAGGAUUUUACCUAUAUUUAUUUAUACAAAAUCAGUUAAAAGAUGUCGACUUUUUCUAAACACAAUAGGACCCCCCUUCCAUAUUUUAAAUUGAAGUUCUAAGAAGUACAAAAAAUUGUCAGCUUAGGCAGGUCAGAAUUAUAUUAUCUUCCCCAUCCCCAAUUCAUUUGUCAUAUGUAUAAACAUCAAAGAUUAAAAAGCAAAUGUGAGGAUAAUAAUAAUGCCCUUGAGUGUAUGUUUUCUUAAGCAUAUAAAAUCAUGAGACGUAAAAUAAAAAAAAUAGAGUGCAUUCAAAUAUUACCCAUUGUAUUGUUAGAUUUCUCAUUAAGAGGCAUUUUGCUAUUAAUAGAUGAGGUGGCGGUGGUGCACUCUAAUAUCAUCUUGCAAUUGUUAAUAAUAGUUUACGUUUUAUUACUUGCUUUGGUAAUUUAUUUCCGGAAAAUGAUUUGAAUGCUUCCUUAAUAUACCCGCAUUUGUAUAUUUUUUUACUUUUUCUGACUAACCGAUUACAUGUUUUCUAUUAUGCUGCCAUCCUUAAUGGCUAUCCCUAAAACAGUUGAGCAUCAUAUAUCGGGACGCUUUGGUUCCUAGUUAAUUUGUUCGGAUAUUUGAAGCGUCCGAAUAGCUGAAUUAUCAGUUAAACACAAUAAAAUAGCUAUUUAUAAAUCUGUUCCGAUGAAAAAUCGUCCGGAUACUGAAGCAUCCGGAUAUCUGGCGUCCGGAUAUCUGAAGGUCCACUGUAUUUUCGAAAAAUUCAGCAGUUCAAUAAACCAUGCUUUCUCGUUUGGUAAACGGAUCAAUAAUGAUCACGUGAAAAAGGGUAAAAUUAGUUCAAAAAAGGAACCGAAUACCUACUUAGUAUAAAACUAAGUCCAAUACAGACACUGUUUUAUAAUAACAUAAUAAAACAAGAACAUGUCACAUAAAUGAAAUUAUUUGCAAUAAUUACUAUUUAUAUUAUAUAUCUUAUAUAUUUAAUCGCAUAUGAAUAUUGAAUAAAAU